AUGAGAGCGGAGACUAACAUGAUGCUGAUGAGUCCCCUGAAUAAUGGAAAGCCACAUGCUUCGAAGCUUCAUCAGCUUGAUAUAGAAACCGGAAAGAUUGUUACCGAGUGGAAAUUCGAGAAGGAUGGGGCUGAUAUCACAAUGAGGGAUAUCACAAAUGAUACUAAAGGGUCACAACUCGACCCUUCUGAAUCAACCUUCUUAGGGUUGGACGAUAACCGAUUGUGUCAAUGGGACAUGCGUGAUAGAAAAGAUGGUUCAAUUGUGGUGGGAUCUCUUGAUGGGAAGAUAAGACUGUAUUCGAAAACGUCUAUGAGACAAGCUAAGACUGCUUUUCCGGGGCUUGGUUCGCCUAUUACAAGUGUUGAUGUCACUUUUGAUGGAAAGUGGGUGUUGGGAACCACUGAUACUUAUUUGGUGUUGAUUUGUACAUUGUUUACUGAUAAAGAUGGGAAGACAAAGACUGGAUUUGGUGGUCGAAUGGGAAACAGGAUAGGUGCACCCAGACUGUUGAAACUAACACCCCUGGAUUCUCAUUUGGCAGGCACUACCAAUAAGUUUCAUGGUGGUCACUUCUCAUGGGUUACUGAGAACGGUAAACAAGAACGCCACCUUGUUGCAACUGUGGGCAAAUUCAGUGUGAUAUGGGAUUUUCAGCAGGUAAAGAACACUGCUCAUGAAUGUUACAGGAAUCAAGAAGGGCUGAAAAGCUGUUACUGUUACAAGAUAAUAUUGAAGGAUGAGUCAAUCAUAGAAUCAAGAUUUAUGCAUGACAAAUUUGCCGUUAGUGACUCCCCUGAAGCUCCAUUGGUGGUAGCAACUCCUAUGAAAGUUAGCUCCAUCAGUAUGUCUGGAAAGAGAACCAGAACUGGUUAA